AUGGAUAUAUUAGUAUGUGGAUAUGAAUGGGUUGUGCACUCGGCGUUUGCCGGACCGAGUACCCGGGUUAGAUCAUACGUGAACGCCGUCAAAAAUGCGCCGCCGCCGACGCACUCUUUGUCAAGCCAUGGAUUAGCGUCAACCAACCCCGCAACGCCAUCUGAUCUUAUCCAGGAUCGCCAGAUCAUCGUCAACCUGGGUGAUUCCGACGGUAUCAAGCGAUUGCGUAUAUAUAUCCCUGCCGAGAUCACAAAGCUGGCGGAGAAAGCAUGUGUGAGAGCAGCAAAAGCCACGUAUGGGGUGACGGUGGCGUCGGCCAAAUUUAUUGCAGCCAGAUAA